UAGGCACAAAAGGAAAUGUGCUUAGAAGGGACACAGAGUGCCAGCCUCUGUCUUCACGUUCCCAAUCCGGGCCUCAGGUACACAGACCAGGGUGGUGAGGAAGAGGAGGACCAUGAGAGUGAGGAGCAGCUGCAGCACCGCAUCUUGACGGCAGCCUUAGAGUUCGUGCCUGCCCACGGAUGGACCGCAGAGGCCAUCGCAGAAGGAGCCCAGUCCCUGGGCCUCUCCAGUUCGGCGGCCAGCAUGUUUGGGAGCGACGGCAGUGAGCUGAUUUUGCAUUUUGUGACCCAGUGCAACGCUCGGCUCACCCAAAUGCUGGAAGAGGAGCAGAAACUGGUGCAGCUGGGCCAGGCAGAGAAGAGGAAGACAGACCAGUUCCUGAGGGACGCAGUGGAAACCAGGCUGAGAAUGCUGAUUCCCUACAUUGAGCACUGGCCUCGGGCCCUCAGCAUCCUGCUGCUCCCGCACAACAUCCCGCCCAGCCUGAGCCUGCUCACCAGCAUGGUGGACGACAUGUGGCAUUACGCUGGGGACCAGUCCACGGACUUUAACUGGUACACCCGCCGAGCCGUGCUUGCCGGCAUCUACAACACCACGGAGCUGGUGAUGAUGCAGGACUCCUCCCCGGACUUCACCGACACAUGGCGCUUCUUGGAUAAUCGGAUUCAUGAUGCAAUGAACAUGGGCCAUACUGCCAAGCAGGUCAAGUCCACUGGAGAGGCUCUGGUGCAAGGACUCAUGGGGGCUGCAGUGACACUCAAGAACCUGACGGGUCUAAAUCAGCGCCGGUGAGAUGGACGGGCGUCAGCGAGAGUGCCCAGAGAAAGCCAGCAGGUGCACUCCAGGCCUCGGACAAGUAUGGUGUGGCAUCCAAGGACAGGAUGUCAUGGGGCAGACAGGAAGGACUCCUGAGUCACUCUCGCAGCCUCGGUGACAGUCUUCUGGCCCAGGCACUUCUUCAGUUUCUAUCAGCAAGGCAGCCUUGCUGAUGCCUUUCAGCAUUGCUGCUGUGUGCUUGAAAACUCCCAUCCGGCCAGGCCUUCAGGCCUAGGAGAAAGGGCAGACAGGCACCCCUGACCCCAGCCAAUCUCGAGCUCUGAAGCCGCCAGCCACAAGGUGGCAGCACAGCCCCGACCCAUGCACACAGGUGUUCCAGCUCUGGGUCCUGCUGCCCUUAGCUCUGCACCUGGGCACCUCCUCCGAGGACCUCUGAGAUAGAAUGAUUGGUGAAUUUAGAGUCUGUAACAAUGACAGUAAAUAUAUUUGAAGCCGC